AUGUCAGCCCAGUUGCGGCAAAAGUUAUUUCGCAUUCCUGGAAAUAUCGCCGUCUCCGUUGGUCUCCACUGGGAUUUCGUCGGCGCGGACCCCGUGGACCUUGAUCUGAGUGCUGUAGCUUUUAGCAGUGAGGGAGUCCUGCUUGAUGUGGUCUUCUUCAAUCAUCCUUUUCCAGUCGGCACCGAUGAGGAGGCGCUACGAGACUGCGGCUUCCUCGUUGACCCGCAGCAACUGCCUUAUAUGUUUAUCAGUGGCGACAGUCGUAUUGGAGGCGAAGAAGAGAACCGUCUACCAGGACUUGCACUCGCUGCUCGCCGCCGUGCUCUCCAAAUGCGGGGCGGAAGAGACGACGAGCUGAAGCGGUUUGGAGUCAUUGAAUCUAUUUUCUCCCGCAUCUACAACGAAUCGGAGCUAGAGAUGGUUGAGGAGGUGCUGAAUGACAAGCGUGGCGGAGGUCACAUAUUUGAUGAAGAUGGACGAGCGUUUCGUAGCGAAAAUUCUCGCGAGAUGUGCGACGAGUCUGUAACGUUCGUGAUGCACAAGAUACCGUCCGAGGCGGCGGUCAUAUUUCUCGUUGUGACCAGCUACACCGGAGCUGACUUUUCUGUACUACCCACUGUCAAGCUUGUUGUGGUGAAUGAAAUGACAAAUGAGCAGGUGGGGACAAUUGAUCUGAAGCACGCCACUGGAAAUGGCACGGCAAACUUGGCGUGCAUGCUCUGCCGCGUUCCUACGAGGCUCAGCGGUAGCACAGCACCUGGAAGUGCCAAUGGAACAAUAACAAUGGACGGGGGUUCUCGUCAGUUAUGGGACUUGCGAGAGCUGAACAUCCGGACGUUUGGUUACACUUUUGUAGACACGCUACCCACCAUGAUGGACGUCCUUGGAGUGGAGGUGAACUCCCGCACUAAUGCGGUCUGGCAACUUCCAGACUACUCAUUAUCAAAGGAUUCAUACGGGGCGUCGCGGCAGCCGCUCUCGGAUGUGCGGUUCGGGGUUGGUUGGGGUGGUGAUCACGAUUUAGAUUCCUUCAUGGUGUUUUUAGACGAAAAGAAUAAUUACGUAGACCACAUUAACCCAAAACCGGUUAAGCUACAAUCGAGAUUCCCACACACCGCACGUCAUUCGGGGGAUGCGAUUAAUGGAUAUAGUGCCGUGGGCGAUGAAGAAUUUAUUGACCUAGUCACGUACCGCCUCCCGUUGGAGGUGCACACAAUUAUAUUCGGUGUGUGUUACGUAGAGGGCGGCCGUAGCACAAGGAGCAUUAUGGAUGUGCCUAAGUUCUACAUGCGGCUGCAGAAUCGCACGGCAGCAUGGCCGAACGCCAUUGAAGUAGACCGCUGGAAUGUUCAUGAGGAAAUAAAGCGGGCAGAUGAGGAAAGAAAAAGGUUGAAGGAAGCGCAGCUGCAAGGCUCCAAGUCAGCGGACAACCUUCCAAAGGUUAGUGAGUUGUCCUCACGCCUCUUACACACCUACAAGGGAGCCGACGGUAAGAUGUUUCCCGUGCGUGCGCUGGUGCUCGGCAUGAUGGUCAAAACUGCAGAAGCUCCGCUUAGGGAACUCUACCCGGAGGCUUGUGCUCAGAAGCCUGAAGGGGAGUUGGGGGAAGUGGAACGGCGAAAUUCGAGCGGAUCUCCACGUGACUCCGACGCUCAAGUAGCAACGGAAGAGGAGGACGGGAAUGCAGCGGGUGCUGAUCCGCUUCCAGAAAGCGAUACUGUUGUUUCCGUGUUUCAGUAUCUCCCCAUUCACGAGUACGUUCCCAUCAGCAAUGCAAAAGGGUUUGUGGAAAUGAUGCCGUAUAUGCGCUGCAUAGCAAAGUACUGUCGGAACAAGCCUAGCAGCAAUUUAGCAACUCGAAGUAGUGCGGAUCAGAAUAUUAAUAACCCACUACGACUGCAAACCUUCCAACCGCAGCUAAACACACAGACUUCUAUGUGGGAUCAGGUACGAGCUUCCAGUGGAGUGCUUUCCUACCACGCCGUGAGGGUGCAGUUUCUUGAGGUGCGGCAUCUGCAACCGGAGCUGCCACACGUAUUCAAGUGCCACGGUGAGGUGUGGGUAUGCGAAAAGACACCCUUUACGGAGAAGCGCUCACUAACCGUAUACGACCAACCAACCUUCCGCACACCAUACUUAAUGCACAGGCAGAACAUGCAGUGGGACGAAAGCAACCCAGCCACGGCCGCGUUACUCUUCGUACGGGAAUUUGAUCGUAUCCGUGUGGUUAUAUACGAGCGCGCCGCCUUCGGCUACGUGGACAUUGACCUUAUGGAUAUUAACGAGUUGUGGUCACAGAACCCGCAACCUGAUCUGUUCGUGCCAAAUGCAACGCAGCCGGCGAGUCUUAUGUCCGCCACCCCGGCGCAGGACCGGUGGUUUCAGUUAAGCGGUGGACCACUUAGUGAUGGGUUAGUGCGGCUGCGCAUAUCUCGUGCUCCGAUUGGAAAGCUGCUCGAGGAGAGUGAGCGAACCAUUGCAGCAGCAAAGAAGAAAAGGCGAGACCAUGCGAGGGCUGUGGAGGAAGAAAAGCAUGAGGCUGCUAGAGAAAAAUACUCAGGACCGUGCUGCAUCAUGUAA